CUCACAAUAUCUUAAUAAUGAAAGAAACAACACCAACUGUACUUUUUUGUCUAACUCCAGAUCAGUCACACCACAUAUGGGCCACUCUAUAAAUUCAAAUCAAUUUAAUACAACAAAAAAUGAGAGGAAUUUUCCUGUUCCUCUAAAAAAAAUGGCAUCUAACCAAAACUUGAAAGAUCUGCAAUGGGGACUGCAACAGUUGGAAUCAGGAAACUUGCAGAAAGUUUCCUUCUUUCUUUCUCAUCAAACUUCAGGCUGUCACCAAGAAACAGAAUCCUCCAUCAACAUAAACCUCUCCAAGGAAAACAAUGCUCUCUUUGUUUACCUCCUCACACAGCUCUCAACAACAAUGCCGGCCUUGAGAAACUUGGAGUUCCAUAGAGUUUUAUGGGAAGUUGAGUAUCUCCAUAGCCUCAAAUUGUUGCUUGAAAACAACCCGGGAGUUAAGCAAAUCGUGUUUCGAAGAAAUGACUUCAGUUCAGAUUGCUUGCAGGAGUUGUCAGAGAUUCUGAAGAGGGAUGAAAAUGUCAAGGAAAUUCUGUUUUGUGAAUCAUGUAUUGGAGCAAGAGGUGCUGGGAUAAUAGCUGAUGUUCUGAAGGUGAAUGACAGCUUAGAAGAGUUGCAAAUUUGGGAAGAUUCAAUUGGUAUGAAAGGGGCAGAGGAGCUCUCUAAGAUGAUUGAAGUUAACACAUCUCUGAAACUGUUGACAGUAUUCGAUUCUAGCUCGUAUGUUGCAACACCGAUAAUUUCAGCAGUUUUAGCUAGGAAUAGAGAAAUGGAAGUUCACAUUUGGAGCUCGGUGAAGCGUGAGAAUUGUACAAAAGUGGUGGAGUUUGUGCCAGAAAAUAACACACUCAGAAUAUACAGGCUUGACGUAUCAGGAGCUUGCAGGGUUGUGUGUGCUCUAGGGAUGAAUACGAUAGUUAAGGUUCUUGAUAUGACAGGUGUUAGAUUGAAGUCGAAAUGGGCGAGGGAAUUCAGAUGGGUGUUAGAGCAGAAUACAACUCUAAAAGAAGUGAAGUUGUCAACAUGUUGUUUGAAAGAUAAAGGGGUAGUCUAUGUAUCAGCAGGACUAUUUAAGAACAGAAGCUUGGAAACUCUGCAUUUAGAUGGCAACUGUUUUAGUGGGGUAGGAGUUGAGCAUUUGGUUUGCCCAUUGAGCAGAUUUUCUGCACUUCAAUGCCAAGCAAACACAACACUGAAAUCUCUUACACUUGGAGGAGAAAGAAUGAGGGUUGGGCGGGCGGGUUUGGAAGCGAUUCUACAGAUGAUCACGAGCAAUCAGAGUUUAACUAGGCUAGGGAUAUUUGAUGAUCAGGGGUUGAGACCAGAUGACAUUGUCAGAAUAUUUCAGAGUUUGAAGAAAAAUGCUUCUUUGAAGUGUUUGUCAUUGAAGGGUUGUAGAGGAGUUAAGGGAGAGUCGGUUUUACAAGCGAUUGUUGAGACUUUACAGGUGAAUCCUUGGAUUGAGGAGAUUGAUUUCGAGGAUACACCGUUACAGAAGGUAGGAAUGGCUGAUGGGAUAUAUCAGAAACUGAGUCAGAAUUCAAAGUCUGAACCAGAUUUGGAUUUUUUUAAGGACAUGCCUAUGAUUACACCAAAGAGCUGUAGGGUCUUCCUAUGUGGGCAGGAAUAUGCAGGUAAAAAUUCACUUUGCAAUUCAAUAUCCUACAAUUUUUCAUCAACCAAACUACCCUACGGAGAGCAAGUCCGGACUUUGGUAAACCCGGUUGAGCAAGCAAUCAAAUCAGAAGGGAUGAAGAUCAGAAGUUUCAAAGAUGAAGGCACAAAGAUUACUAUAUGGAAUCUGGGUGGUCAGCAACAACUGUAUUCUCUGCAUGAUCUCAUGUUCCCUGGGCAUGGAAGUGCAUCAUUUUUCCUCAUCCUAUUAAGUAUGUUCAGAAAACCGAGCAACAAAGAGAUGAAAGACCCGGUUGAAGUUGCAGAAGACUUACAGUAUUGGCUCAGAUUUAUAGUCUCUAACUCAAGAAGAGCAGUCCAACAAUGCAUGCUUCCGAAUGUGACCUUAGUCCUGACACACGUUGACAAGAUCAUUCAGCCCUCUCAGAAUUUUCAGGCUAUUGUGAACACGAUCCAAGGACUCAGAGAGAAAUUCAAUGGGUUCCUUGAGUUUUACCCAACUGUAUUCACAGUUGAUGCGAGAUCACCAACAUCUGCAAGUAAACUCGCACAACAUUUAAAGAAUACAAGCAAGAUGAUCCUACAAAGGGUUCCCCGAGUUUAUGAGUUGUGCAAUGACUUAGCCGAGACACUAUUGGAUUGGAGAAAAGAAAAUGACAACAAACCUGCUAUGAGUUGGAAAGAAUUCUGUGAACUUUGCCAAGUGAAGGUUCCACCUUUGAGGGUUCGGUCUAGAUCUGAGAACAAAGAGAAGACUGAGAUGAGAAGGCGAACAGUUGCUAGCUGUCUUCAUCAUAUAGGAGAGGUUAUUUACUUUGAUUAUCCUGGUGUUUUUAUCCUAGAUUGUGAAUGGUUUUGCCAAGAAGUGCUAGGGCAUUUAGUGAGAUUAAAAACUGCUCGGAAACAAGGUUUGUUGAGGAAUGGCUUCAUAAGCUGGAAAGAGUUGGAAAAGAUUCUGAAAGCAAGUUUUCAGAGUCAGCUUCUCGGAAUGGGUUGUUCUAAAGUUUUUGAGAAUUUGGAGGCCACUGAUCUUGUGAGGGUGAUGCUGAAGCUGGAACUCUGUUAUGAACAAGACCCAAAUGAUCUAAACUCUGCCAUUUUCGUCCCUUCAUUUCUCGAAGAAGGGAGACAAAAACCACAAAAGUGGCAAUUCAGUUCAUCUGAUUGUGUGUAUGCAGGACGACAUCUUGAAUGCCAUGAUUCAAGCUGCACGUUUCUGACUCCAGCCUUCUUUCCUCAGCUACAGGUAUAUCUCCAUAAUAAAUUCAUGACAUUGAAAGAUGAGCAUGGAGCAACUUACAGCAUGGAAAACUCUCUCAUUUCUAUCAACAUCAACGGCAUUGACGUCAGAGUAGAGCUUGGAGGACAGUUGAGCCACCAUAUCGAUAUCUUGGCUUGCUCUACCAAAAACCUAACAGAAACACUUCGACUAAUCCAUCAGCUCAUAAUCCCUGCAAUUCAUGGCCUCUGCCAAGGAGUUGUGUUGAUUGAAAACAUCAUUAGACCUGAAUGUGUGAAAAGUUUAACACCACCAAGAUACAGAAAAACCCAGUUUGUCGCACUACACAAAUUAAAAGAAGCACUGCUAACUGUCCCAGCAGAUGGAAUGUACGAUUACCAGCAUACGUGGAGUGCAGUAUCUGAUGCAGGAAAGCUUGUUAUUAGAGCAGGUUUUGAUUUUGCAAGGGACCUCUUAUCAGAUGAUGAUUUCCGAGAAGUACUUCAUAGAAGAUAUCAUGAUCUUUACAACCUUGCAAAUGAACUUGAUGUUCCACCAGAAAACGACCCUGAAAUUGUAUCAGCCAUGACCGAUCCAAGAGUUGACCCUUCGUUCAGUGGGAUAGCUAAGGGAGUGGAGCAAGUGUUGGAGAGGCUAAAGAUCAUUGAGCAAGAAAUCAGAGAUCUGAAACAAGAGAUCCAAGGGCUGAGAUACUACGAGCACAGGCUUUUGCUCGAAUUACAUCGCAAAGUUGAUCAUUUAGUCAACUAUAAUUCCCAAAUUGAAGAAAGGAAAGUGCCAAACAUGUUCUUCUUUGUCAGAACAGAGAAUUACUCGAGGAAACUUGUGACCACCAUCAUUUCAGGCAUGACAGCAAUGAGACUCCACAUGUUGUGCGAGUUUAGGAGAGAGAUGCACGUGGUAGAAGAUCAAAUGGGGUGUGAAAUUAUGCAGGUUGAUAACCUCACAGUCAAAUGCUUAGCACCUUACAUGACAAAGUUCAUGACACUGUUAACAUUCGCCUUGAAAAUAGGUGCACAUUUGGCCACAGGAAUGGGAUCUAUGAUACCUAAUUUAGGCAGAGAAGCUGCACAUCUGCUCGAUUCUUCUCUCCUGACCGGGGCAGCAGGAGCAGCAGGGGCAGCAGGGGUAGCAGGAGCAGCAGGGGCUGCAGCUUUUGGGGCAAUGGCAAUAGGAAGCAGUAGAACAAGAGAUAGGUCGCGAAAUAUUCAGCAGGACCAGAGAGCAGCACAGCAGUGGGUACUGGAUUUCCUGAGAGACCGAGGGUGCUCAACUGGAAGAGAUAUCGCGGAGCAGUUUGGACUGUGGAGAGUGAAAUAUAGAGAUACAGGCCAAGUUGCAUGGAUUUGUAAGAGGCACAUGAGUUUAAGGGCCAAUGAAAUAGUUCAAGUUCCCCUUUAGAGUUUCUGUUCUGAUACAAUUAGUACUGGAUCUUUCUUUUUUCCUGCAGACUGCUAUAAUCUCUUCUGGUCCAAGUUCUUUCUUAUGGCAAUCAUUCAUGUAUGAACCCGUUUUAGUGAUAUUCCUAACUUUGCUGCUCAAA